AUGUUUGCCUCGCUGUCUCGGCUGACGCGGCGAGCUGUGGGCAUUCAAGAUAUCAACAACGAGCCAGGCGACGGCGGCCAACUGAUCGGCCUCCAGGGCAAUGUUUCCGGAACCAUCACCGUCCUGACAGACACGACGAUGGUGCUGACGAAUUUCACCAUCGAGGACGUGGGGAGAGGGGAUCUUGAAUGGCGCGGCUUCGAAUCAACCAGCACCCCUGAGCAAGCAGUCGUGGUUGCAAAAGAGGGAAUCAAUGCAGCAGCAGACAAAGCGCGAGUCGAGCUGACGCUGGUUGAAGGUCGAGAAGGCGAGCAAGUCUUUGCUGUAGUGGCCAUCAAACCUGGAGAGGGCGAUGCAAGUCAGCUACCGCAGCCACCAAGCGGCGAGGGAGAAGACGAAAGUAGUAGCGAUGGCAAUAAGAAGACAAGAUGCUGUGGAUAA